GCAAAGAGUGUUAAAGUGGGAGAUGGAGUGGAGACUAAAGCAAGCCGGCUCCUAGAUUUUUUUAGGAUACAUUUUUUGGACGAUAUUUUGGGAUUAUUCUACAGGGGUCACAGCAGCAGCAGCCGCAGCCAUGCAGCGUGAGGAGGUGUCAGCAAGGGAGGAGUUCACCUACAGCCACGUGUCCUCGCUAGAAAGAGGAGGCGGCGGCGGCGGCGGCUCCCUCGGAAGGAGGGGCAGCAGAGGCUCGGACAAAAGAACCGACAGAGCGGAGCAAGACGGCUCGGACCGGGACAGCUACACCGUGGACGUGAGGGCCAGUGACCUGCAGCUGGCCCGGCCGGAACCCCUCCAGCACCCCUGCUUCAGCUGCAGGGCCUGGCUCUACAGCGUCCUCAUCGGGGGGAGUCUUCUCAUCACCUCUGGAUUCUCUUUGUACCUGGGAAAUCUCUUCUCUGUUGCCAUGGACUACCUGCGCUGUGCUGGAGGAUCUGGCAUCCCGGCCGCCAUCGCCAGCUUCGCCAUCGCCAAGAACCGACAUGUUGCAGUGUCGGAUUUCCAGGUUCUCUACGUGUCCACCUUUGCCGUGACCACCACCUGCCUGGUCUGGUUCGGAUGUAAACUGGUCCUCAAUCCUUCGGCCGUUAAUAUCAACUUUAAUCUCAUCUUGAUGAUUUUGCUGGAGGUUCUGAUGGCCACCGCCGUCAUCCUGUCCGCUCGCUCUGCGGAGGACUGCUGCCACCGCGUCAAGUCGGAAACAAACCAUCAACCUUUGGUCCCCACUCCGGCGGUCUUCCCCACUCGUCUGCUCAAAGCGUACUCCGUGAUCGAAGUCAUCGUGGGAAUCUCGGCCGUGUUCGGAGGCAUCAUCGCGCUCAACAUGGACGCUUUGCUUCCCGGGCCGUACUUGUCCGUCACCUUCUUUUGGAUCCUGGUGGCCUGCUUCCCAAGCGCCAUCGCCAGCCACGUUGUAUCAGAAUACCCCAACAAAUGUCUGGUGGAGGUGCUGAUCGCCAUCAGCAGCGUGACGUCUCCUCUGCUCUUUUCAGCCUCCGGCUUCCUCUCUUGCAGCGUGAUCAGCUUCAUUGACAUUUUCCUGCGUGACGUUCCUCCAGCCAAGCAAUCCUACGACAUCUUGCUCCUGAUCCUGCUGCUGCUGCUGUUGGUCCAGGCUCUUCUCAACUCCGCCACCGUGGUGCACUGUGCAUCCUACAAGGGUCGGCUCCGCAUCAGGACCGCCCGCCCGAACGACAGCAGACUGGGAAUUCCCAGCCAGUGCUGUGAGCAGUCAUCCAACGGAGGACUUCAGAACUUCAGCAAAGACAGAACAAGGAAGGCCGUGAUGGUGCAAAUGACCCAAUGAACCCUUUUUUGCUCUGAUGAAAAGACAACUUUAUGGUGUAAAUAUUAAAAAAGUAGAUUUCUGUAUUAAAUCUGCACUAUUGGGAGUAGAUAACUUCUGAAUAUGUCAAUAUUUGUAGCUUUAUCUCUGGUUCUUCUACACCAGAGCCGUCCAAAAGGUUGACUCAAGCCAUGAUGCCAGGUUGUAUGUUAAGGUUAAAUCAAAUAGAACGGGCGGGCCGUAUUCAAACACUUGGCGGGCCGGAUGUGGCCCCCGAGCCGGAUUUUGCGCACCCCUAAUGAAUUGGAAUGGUCGUUUUGAACUUCUGGCUCGUAGUUGCAUAAAAGUCUUAUUUUGACCCAAGAAAUAGAAAAUUAGAAAUUAGAAAUAUUUUUUAAUUUUCUUCUGGUACAUUUUCUUUUAAUAUUAUGACUUUAUUAUUGUAAUAUUUUUGAUUUAAUUAUUGUAAUAUUAUAGAUUUUUUCCAACCUCAUUUUCUAAUACUUUUAGAGCGUCCCCAGUGCCAAUAAGAAGCCGUCCCGGGCCCCGUUUUAGAUGUCGCUGAUGUAAAGCUAAUCUUGGAUGUCAUUUUAUUUUGAGAUAUUUUUAGUUGUUGUUUGCUAGUUUCUUCAACCUGCAGCUUGUGUGUCUCAUGUUGGAACGACAGGGUUGUGUCAAAUAAAGUUUGCUUGCACUUUUUGGAA